CUAGGGACGCGGCGGCGGUUGGUGGUGGCUUUAGGAGAGUCUUGCCCGGAUUGUGAGAGGCGGCGGUGGAAGCACUCUCCGCACCAGCAGAGGCGGCGACCCCGACUGAGGCGGCGGGCCAACGCGUGCUCUCUGGGCGGGGUGCGGCGGGGGAUGUGCCUGCCCCGGCCGGGCGGAGUCUCUCUGACAGGGCGGGGGAUGCGCGUCCGCCGCUCGCCCGGACCUUGAGGCAGUGGGCCCACCCUCGCGCUACGGUCCGACCCUCGGUAGCCUUGGCUCCUGCUGCCUUCUUUGGCCAGACCCUGGGGCAGAGGGUGGGAGGCAGCUUCCGCCCAGGAGGAGGGAGCUGUGGUGGCCACCGCGGCGCAGCCCGAGCUUUUUUAAACUCUCAAGGAACUUUUGCUAUAAAAUUAUUGCUCCUUCAGUCAGCUUUUUUACUGCUGUGACCAAAAAAGACCUGACAAGAACUAUGAGAGGAGUUUUUUUGCCAAGAAAAUGAUUUGCAUGAUCUUGAACAACACAUACUAUUUAUGCUGAUGGGACAGGAUCCAAUAUGAAUAUAAGUGAUGGAGGAAGACGACGCUUUGAGGAUAAUGAACAUACAUUACGUAUAUAUCCUGGGACAAUUUCAGAAGGGACAAUCUACUGUCCAGUUCCUGCCAGGAAAAACACCACAGCUGCUGAGGUGAUUGACACUCUUAUAAACAAACUUCAUCUAGACAAAACAAAAUGUUAUGUUUUAGCAGAGGUAAAGGAAUUUGGUGGAGAAGAAUGGAUACUCAAUCCAACAGACUGUCCAGUUCAGCGAAUGAUGUUGUGGCCACGAAUGGCUCUGGAAAAUCGCUUAAGUGGAGAGGACUACCGCUUUCUUCUGCGGGAAAAAAACCUUGAUGGAUCAAUCCAUUAUGGUAGCCUUCAGUCAUGGCUACGGGUAACUGAAGAACGACGCAGGAUGGUGGAACGAGGUUUUCUUCCACAGCCUCAACAGAAAGACUUUGAUGAUUUAUGUAGCUUACCUGACUUGAAUGAGAAAACUCUCUUAGAAAACCUACGAAAUCGCUUUAAGCAUGAAAAAAUUUAUACCUACGUUGGCAGUAUUCUAAUAGUUAUUAACCCAUUCAAAUUUCUUCCUAUUUAUAACCCCAAAUACGUCAAAAUGUAUGAUAACCACCAAUUGGGAAAACUUGAGCCCCACAUAUAUGCAGUGGCUGAUGUAGCUUAUCAUGCUAUGCUUCAGCGUAAAAAGAAUCAGUGCAUUGUGAUUUCAGGAGAGAGUGGUUCUGGGAAGACUCAAAGCACAAACUUUCUUAUUCACCACCUUACUGCACUCAGUCAGAAAGGAUUUGCCAGUGGAGUAGAACAGAUUAUUCUUGGAGCUGGACCAGUACUUGAGGUAAGUGUAUAGAAAUAGUUUUCUUAUCCUCAAAUAUAUCUUUAGAAAAUACCUGGUAGAUGUGAGAAAAUGAAAUAAGAUGAAAUAUAGAAUCACAAACAUCACUGUUAUCAAGGGAAACAGGAAGAUGGCAAAGCAGAAAGGUAAUGUGGAAGAUUGAAGGGUGUGAGAGCAAUAAAAAAAAUUUUUUUUUUGAAGAGUAUCCUUUGGUAAGUCAUUAGUGAUGCAAAGAUAGAGAUGACUGGAAUGAUAUCCUUUACCUUAGAUAGGUAGAAAGCAGAGCAGGACUCCUGUAAUUUGGUAUGGAAGUGGGUUGUUGGAGAAUAUAUUCUUGCCAAUGUAUUUGUGUCUCUGUAACCUUAAUGAGUGCCUGGCAUUGAAAUUCUUAACGAUUUAAGAAUAUAGAGACUAGCCAGGGUUAAUGGCACAUACCUCUGAUCCCAGCAACUUAACUCAAUUGCAAGUUUGAGGCCAGUCUCAGUAACUCAGUGAAGCUGUAAGGAAUUGAGUGAGACCCUAUCUCAAA